CUGACUCUGUCCCCCUUCUCUCUGCCUGCAGCCUGUCUUCACCCCUCUCUGAUACGGCGUGUCCUUCCACCAGCUCAGUGAUGACGUCUCGGGUGUUGAUGAGGCAGGAGCUGAUGCGCCAGCAGGCCAGGGACCAGGAGAGGAGAGAGGCCCAGCAGCAGGUCUCCUCGGCCCAGUUACACACCACCGACUCCUCCCCAGCCAUCUCCAUGGCCCCAGAGCAUACCGAAGCCCGACCACCCCCUGCCCAGGUUCCUGUGGAGGUCCUCAAGGUUCAGACCUACCUGGAGAACCCCACUAAGUACCACCUCCAGGCCUCCCAGAGACAGCAGGUUAAACACUACCUCUCCUCCACCGUGGGGAACAAACUGACCAAUCAGACGCUGGGCGCCUCCCCCUCACCUCACUCCGGAUCCGCCCCUGAGCUCCAGCCUGCAGCCAGCAGCUCUCCUAGCAGCCCAUUGGCUGUGCUCAGCCUGAGCUCCAACAAAGAGGAGAUGGAAGAUGUGAUUGAUGGCAUCAUCAGUUUUGAAUCCGGUCUCAACGAUGAGUUCUUUCAGUUGAUCGACCCUGGACUACAGCUAGCCAACACGCUACCAGUGUCAGUGAACAUGCUGGAUGUGUUCAGCAGUGGAGGGAUGGCUGCUCCUACCAUCACCGUCUCCAACUCCUGUCCUGCUGACCUGCACACCAUCAAGACUGAGUUAACUGGUACCGUGGUGGAGGCUAAAGCUAUGAUGAAGGAGCGACAGAAAAAGGACAAUCAUAACCAGAUUGAGAGACGGAGGAGGUUCAACAUCAACGAUCGCAUCAAGGAACUGGGAGCUCUCAUCCCCAAAUCUAGUGACCCACCCCCCUGCUACGGAGACAGGGAGACGCGUUGGAACAAGGGCACCAUCCUGAAGGCGUCUGUGGACUACAUUAGGAGGCUGCAGAAGGAGCAGCAGAGAGCCAAGGAGGUGGAGACCAGACAGAGGAAACUGGAGCACAGCAACCGCAGCCUACUGCUACGUAUACAGGAGCUAGAGAUGCAGGCCUGCCUCCACGGCCUCUCCACCCCCGCCUCCUCCUCCCAGGGCUCCUCCUCCUCACACCUCAGCCUAUCACAAUCCCUGGACCCCAGCACGGGCGACGCCCUCUCCAAGACCCUCCUCUCCCUGAGUGGUGGCCCAGGCCUUCAGGCCACCUCCCCCUCCUUUCUGUCUCCACCCCCCUCGGCCUCACCGGUUGGCCUGAUGAACAUGGCUUCUCCUCUGGGCUUCUCUGAGCUGGACGACCCAUCUGCCGCAGCCUUCCACUCCUCCCUGCUACCGGACAUGGGUCUUGGGGACAUCUUGAUGGACCAUGGGGGGAUAGGGAUGUCCCCGGUGUGGGCGCGAGAGCCCCUGCUCUCCUCCAUCUCCCCAGGAGUUUCCAAGACCUCCAGCCGCAGGAGCAGCUUCAGCAUGGAGGAGGACUUGUGACUUGAGUUAAAGGACCCUACCCCUUACACUGCUAGGCAGGAGCAGCUUCAGCAUGGAGGAGGACUUGUGACUGGGCUGAGUCCAAAACCAACCACUAGACCAGCAUUUCCCAAACUCUGUCCUCGGGAUCCCAAUGGGGUGCACGUUUUGGUUUGUGCCCUAACACUACACUGAUUCAAAUGAUCAAAGCGUUAUGGUUAAAUUAGUAUUUCAUUCUACUGUGUAGUGCCAGGUCAAAAACCAAAACGUGCUUCCUUUAGGAUCCUGAGGACCGAGUUUGGGAGACCCUUCCCUAGACCCUGGCUCCUAAACCCUAGCUCCUAGACCCUAGCUCAUAGACCCUAGCUCCUAGACCCUGGCUCCUAGACCCUGGCUCAAAUCAAAUCAAAUUUAUUUAUAUAGACCUUCGUACAUCAGCUGAUAUCUCAAAGUGCUGUACAGAAACCCAGCCUAAAACCCCAAACAGCAAGCAAUGCAGGUGUAGA